AUGUCGGAGAGGGGGAUUAAAAUAAAAAGGACUAGUGGGUUAUGGGAGACUGAACCUAUGUAUGUUCUUGAUCAAAAUAACUUUCUCAAUGGAGCUUGUGAGGUAGAAACAACCUUACAACCACUAGCUCUACUAGAUGAGCUUCAAGCUAUUGAGAAUGAGAUGGGUAGGAAAAAGAUCGUUGAUAAGGGUCCAAGAAAUAUUGACCUUGAUAUCCUACUUUAUGGCAAUGAGGUUGUAGAUCACCCCAGAUUACAGGUGCCUCAUCCUGACGGAGGGGAGAAUUGCAAUGACGGAGAAUUUAUACGAGACAAGUCCUCACAAAUCAUUGCGGACGGAGCAACUAUCAUUGAUGUAGGUGGUCAAUCAACUGCACCUGGUGCACCGGAAGUAUCCCCUGAGGUCGAAGUAAGUCGAGUUCUCCCGACCAUUCAGGGAAUCAAAGAUGGAAACUCCCCUAAGAAUGUAGCGAUUAGUAUCGAUACUUAUAGAGCAUCUGUUGCAAGGGCUGCUGUCGAAGCAGGUGCGGAUAUCAUUAACGAUGUCUCUUCGGGUCAACAAGAUCCCGAUAUGCUAUCCACUAUGGCCCAACUUGGGAAAACAGUCUGUCUGAUGCAUAUGAGAGGAACUCCAGCAACUAUGAAUACUCUCACAAACUACGAGCCCGAAGGUCUCAUUCCAACCAUUGCAAAAGAGCUACUAGAGCGAGUAGCGGAGGCAGAGGCAGCAGGUAUCCGUCGAUGGCGUAUCAUUCUAGAUCCUGGAAUUGGCUUUGCCAAAACACAAGAUCAAAACCUUGAAAUUCUCCGCCGAAUGGAUGAAUUACGUGAUUGGCCUGGUCUACGAGGCUUACCAUGGUUAAUAGGAACUAGCCGAAAAAAGUUCAUUGGUAACGUAACUGGCGUUAAAAUACCCCGUGAAAGGGAUUGGGGUACUGCAGCGACAGUGACGGCGGCCAUUCAGGGUGGAGCUGAUAUUGUGAGGUGGAAGAAGAAAUUCUGCUCUCCCUCACCAUAA